AUGAAACGAGCCCAGGAUACAAUGGCAUUUUACAAUGUUGGAUACCGACUUAAUCGUCGUAAGAAAAUGUUUGAACAAAGAUGCCUUGUGACGGAUUUCUCGCUGUUGUUUGCCAUACUUGGAAUCAUUCUAAUGGUUAUUGAAACUGAACUAACGCUGGCGGGAGUUUAUACGAAGGCCUCCAUGGGAUCAUUCAUCCUGAAGUCAAUGAUAACAUGCACAACUCUGGCUCUGGUCGGGCUCAUAAUUGCGUACCAUGUGCAAGUCGUCCGGAUACUUUCUUUUGACGACAGCAUCGAGGACUGGCGGAUUGCCUGGGACAGAGGACGCGUUCUCCGAUUGGCUGUGGAAAUUCUGAUCUGUGCCGUGCACCCCUUUCCGGGGGACUUUAAAUUCAACUGGUCUUCGACCUAUUCUUUUCACAGUAAUGCCAUACUGCCUCAUGGUUCGUUUUGUCAAAAUGGUUCUAUUGUCAGCCCGAGCGGACUAAAGGAGGCGCGCCAGCCCCUUCAGGGUUCCAUUGAUUAUGCCACUUUAGGCACGCAUGUCCCUUCGUCCGCCAACUCCGGCCCCUAUGUCAUCUUUCCCACAAAUCGGGUUGUACCCGUGGACAUCUUUCUGUCUCUGCCGAUGUUCUUGCGUCUGUACCUUGUAUUCCGAGUGGUCGUUCUGCAUUCAAAACUCUUUACUGAUACUGGCUCCAGGAGCAUCGGGGCAAUGAACAAGGUCAGCAUCGAUACGCCCUUCAUCUUCAAAACUUUCAUGACCAUUAACCCGGGCACAAUACUUGUGGGAUUUAUUCUCGGCUUUUGGCUGGUGCUGUCGUGGACUCUUCGUGUUUGUGAAAGUGGCAUGUACGAUCCCGCACUUGGGACGAUUUACAAUGCAAUGUGGCUGGUAGCCGUCACCUUUCUUAGCAUCGGCUAUGGUGACGUCGUCGCGAAUACCUACUGCGGUCGAGCUAUAUCCAUUAUCACCGGGGUGCUGGUAAGUUGCCUUAGAUUCAAACUUUGA